AUGUUAGCAAUAAAACAGCGAUACUAUGAUCGUAUGAAGGAAUUAUCGGCUCAAUCAGAGCAAUUAAAAAAAGAAAAAUCUGAACAAACAAUAGAAUUAAAACCCUUAAUUCAAGAUCAGAAAUUUGAUAAAAAAAAAUUAUUAGAAGAUAUUCAUAAAAUUGAUGAAGAAAAUAAAACUCUUCGUCGUGAGAAUUUAUUCUUUUCACGUUAUUUAGUACGUAUAAAUUCGAAUAAAAUAAUUGAAACAUUUGAUGAUUAUGAAAAUGAAAAUGAAAAUGAAAUUAUUCGUGAUAUACUUAAUCAAGUAAAAUCGUUGAAUGCCAGACGACGACUUGCUAUGUUAAAAAAUUCUCUUAAUACAAAAAAAGGAGCAAUAGGAUGGACGAAAGUAUCAUCGAAUUGGGGUAAACUUAUGUUUACACCAUAUAUUUUAAGUCUUACUGAACAAGAACGUUUCGCGAUUGUGGCCUAUGAAGUUCAACAAACACGAUUAGAAUGGGAACGAAUGAGUACAAAAGCUUUGGCAGCAAUUUAUACUUUCGAGAUUUCAUAUCAAUCUAUUGAAUCUGAUGAAUUUGCUCAAGAAACUCUUAAUCGUGAAUUAAGAAAACGUGUGGAAAAGUAUCGUGCUAAUAUUGGUGAAGAAGAAUUUAAUAGUCCACAUAUGCAAGUUCCAGGUGAACUUUUUGUUGAUCGUAUUACUAAACGUAUACAAUCUCGUAUGGGUGCAAUUGGUCUUUUACGUGUUAAUACAACACGUUUACAUAUACGUAUUGAUGAGAUCAAUGCAAAAAUACGUCAUUUAGAUGAUUUAAAUCUUAGAAUGGAAGAAGUUGAUAUCGUAUCACAGCGUACAAGAAAAAUUGCAAAUAGUGAAAUUUAUGAAAAAGUUGAUAAAGAAUAUCGAAUUGAAAAAUUAUCUCAAUAUCCAUUAUUUCGUCGUUUACAAGAUGAUAAAGAAUCUUUAAAUGAACAAGAAGUACAUAUAAAUGAUAUGGAGAAAAAAUGUGAAUCAAUACAAUAUCUUCUUGAAAGAACAAAUAAUGAAAUUUACGGUAUUCAGCAAGAAUGUGAUAUAAUUUUAAAAGAAAAUAAUUGCUUAAAAAUUCGUAUUGAAGAUGUUAUGAAAGUUCCAACUAUUACAGAAUAUGCUCAUGUUAUUAAACAAAGAAAAGUUUUAGAACAAGAAAUUGAUAUAUGGACACAAAGAGUUCGUAUUGCUGAAGCAUUAUUAUUACAAUUAAAAAAACAACAACACAAACCAUCAGAAAGAUUACCACCACUGCGAACAGUUAGCUUAGAUAAACAGUUAUCAAUCAGAACGUUUAACACAUGA